AUGAACGCCCCAGCCAAAGCCGCCGCAGCCGCAGCCGCCACCGCCGCCGCAGCCACCGCCACCGAUGCUGCCGCAGCUGCCGCCUCCACCGCCGCCAGCGCUGCCGCAGUUGCUGCGGCCACCGCCGCCGCCGCCGCCGCCGCCUCCAUAGUAACCAUCAACGCCGCCGCUGAUGCCGCCACAGCCACCGCCGCUGCCGCAGCAAUAGCAGCCAAAGACACCGCCGCCGCCGCCGCCGCCGCUGCCGCCACUGCCUCCACCGCCGCCGCCGCAGCCCAAUCAACCAUCAACGACAAAGCCGCAGCCGCCGCAGCCACCACCGCCAACAACGCCGCCGCCGCCGCCGCCGCCGCUGCCACCACCGCCGCAGCCGCCGCCGCAGCCACAGCAACCAUUGACAAGGCCGCCGCUACCAAGGCAGCCGUCGUAGCCUCCGCUGUCGCAGCCGCCGCAGUCACCGCCGCCACUGCCGCCGCCGCCGCCGCCGCAACCCUUGGGGCUGCCGCCGCAGAAGCCGCAGGCGUCGCCGCGAAAGCCGCCGCCGCCGCUUCCGCCGCCACUAUCGCCGCCGCAGCCCGUUAA